CGCUAGUCGCAACUAGUUUUCUAGUGGCAAGGUAUAAAUAUGAUAAACACAAAGAUAUUAUUUGUGCGUUUGAAGAACGCGGGAUACAAUCUUCAUAGGCCGAAAAAAAAAAAAAAAAAAAAAAAAAAAAAAAAAAAAAAAAAAAAGAUUACGAAUCCAAAAUUGGGGACAAACAAUAAAAAGGUUGAAUCUCCUUAAAAACAGAAGAUUGAAACAUAAUAGUGCGUGAAAUUGAAGCCAACCUUAGUCAUUCUAUAAAUACAAAUAAUCCCCCUCUUUUUCUCUCCAUCUCACCCUUCUCUCUUAUCAAUUCCGCCGUUUACAAUGGCUUUACCUAAUCAGCAAACUGUUGAUUAUCCUAGCUUCAAGCUUGUUAUUGUCGGCGAUGGCGGCACUGGAAAAACUACUUUUGUUAAGAGGCAUCGUACUGGGGAGUUUGAAAAGAAAUAUGAACCAACUAUUGGUGUGGAGGUACAUCCAUUGGAUUUCACCACAAACCUUGGCAAAAUAAGAUAUUAUUGUUGGGAUACUGCUGGGCAGGAGAAAUUUGGAGGCCUUAGAGAUGGUUACUAUGUCUGUGAAAAUAUUCCCAUUGUUCUCUGCGGAAACAAAGUUGAUGUGAAGAACAGGCAAGUGAAGGCAAAACAGGUUACAUUUCAUAGGAAGAAGAAUCUGCAGUACUAUGAGAUAUCUGCAAAGAGCAACUAUAACUAUGAGAAGCCCUUCUUGUACCUUGCUCGGAAGCUAGCUGGGGACCCUAAUCUUGUCUUUAAAGAGGAGGUUGCUCUUGCCCCGCCUGAAGUAGAGAUUGACUUGAUCGCGCAACAACAGAAUGAAGCAGACCUUGCUCAAGCAGCUAUGCAGCCAUUGCCUGAUGACGAUGAUGAUACAUUUGAGUAGUGGCCAGGCUCUGAGAAUCGCUGUUUAUUAGUAGAUUUGUUCAUUUGGGGUGUGUACCUUUUGAAGAACACCAAACUUGGUUUAAACACAUUCAUGUCUAUAACUCUUAUCAGCUACUAGCUAGAUAUAUCCUACUCGAUUUAUAUUUUUUAAGUUUUACAGAUUAUAUUGUUGAUAAUUUGAUAUUGUUAUUGGAGAGGUUUAUUAAUUAUAAGUACAAUUUAUCCUUUC